UCCGGUGAGAGCGCGCGCACGCGCUCGCUUCAUUUGACAAAUACAAGCUGAGCGCAACAGUAGCCGCCGCGACUGGAGAUCUGAGAGAGCAACCGCCGCGUAUGACAGCAUCGCAGCGUCCACUUGAGACGAUAAACACAUGUUCGACCGGUUUAAUUCUCUAGUAGGCUAUCUGUCGAGGGCUCAGAAUGUGUGUAAAGCUGACGGUUCAGCCACAAGCCAAGAAUGAAGACGCGUCACUCGCAUCUACUCACUGACUGGGCAAUGGGCAUCGCGUUUCGAAGACGAACCUGAGCUUCGGCCGUUUGGACAGACCCGACAACCGAAUAUAUCCAAGACAGCCGCUUCGGUAGCUUUUUAGACCUGUGGGACACUGUUUUGCUGCUAAUUCCGUUUAUAGACACACAUUUUUAUUCGGCUGUACUGACAGACACGUUUCUCAGUGUCAGUCUAGUGCGCUUGAUGCUUUGCAUGCAAAACCUGAGUAACGUUAAACUUACCAGGUAAACACAGUUUUACCUCAUUCUUGUAUUGAUUGUUGUUUACCUUUGCAUUAUGUAGCUAUAAUAGUAUCCUCGCACAUUUGUAACAUGCGUUUUUAUGAGCGAAAACUAAGGCAAUCUAAAAUGUUGUCUUGAACUAAUAAUGGUAGACGAGGUUUAUGGAGAUAUCACGGGCUGGAUGGCGUUCCACAUCCGCGCGCUGUCAUCCCCACACCGGGUAAAGUGAACGGCACACCGGGGAAGAGAGGCUUUAAAACCUGUUCACGUCAGACUGCACUAAAACGUACAGGAUAAACGAUGUCUAAAACGCUGAAGAGGAAGAAACACUGGUCCACCAAAGUGCAGGAGUGCGCCGUGUCGUGGGGAAGCGUUGGGGAGUUCGGUGAUGUUGUGGAGAUCCUCGGAGGCGCCGAGCACGGGGAGUUCCCGUUCCUCGGUCAGAUGAACUUAGACGUGCUGGUUUGUCACGUCGGGAGACUACCGUACUACGGGGAUGUGUUACUGGAAGUGAACGGGACACCUGUCAGCGGGCUGACGAACCGAGACACGCACGCGGUGAUCCGCCACUUCCGAGAGCCGAUCCGAAUUAAGACCGUCAAACCAGGUAAAGUGCUGAAUGCUGAUUUGAGGCAUUAUCUUAGUCUGCAGUUCCAAAAAGGAUCAAUUGACCACAAACUGCAGCAAGUGAUCCGAGACAACCUGUACCUGCGCACCAUUCCAUGUACCACCCGGCUGCCCAGAGAUGGGGAGGUUCCAGGAGUGGACUAUAAUUUCAUCAGCAUGGGGGAUUUUCGCAUCCUGGAAGAGAAUGGAUUACUGCUGGAGAGCGGAACAUAUGAUGUCUGGUGGGUUUGGAUGUCUCUGUCCUCAGAGACAGAUAGCGUGCCAGCCGAGUGCAUUCAGUGUGGCCCCAUGUCAACAGUGGGACCAGACUCAUGCCAGGCAAAGCCUGCUGGGACAGGGAGCCAUGCCAGUAGGAAAUGCCCAUAUGUGCUCUGCUCUCAAAGAGGGAGACGUUCUGAUCCUACGACACACACACAUGCAUGCUGUAACUUCUAUGGCACUCCCAAACCUCCUGCGGAGCCCAACUUGGUUCAGCCUGACCUGGUCGACCAGGUUUUGUUUGAGGAGGAUUAUGGCACCGAAAUCCAACGAAAGCGAACAACCUCCGUCAGCAAGAUGGACCGCAAGGACAGUGUGGUCCCUGAGGAGGAAGAGGAUGAGGAACGGCCACAGCUCCCAAAUGGCAUCCCAGAGAGGACAGAGGAGUGGAGGAAAGCUGUGCCCAGCUACACUCAGUCCAGUGUGGGAGGCAGCGCUGGUGGCAGUGGGACACUGGAAGUCCACACCUGGAGCUCUUUAGCCAGAGACGACAGCCUGGAACCCCUGCCGUACAACUGGGAAAUGGCCUACACAGAGACGGGCAUGGUCUACUUCAUAGACCACAACACAAAGUCGACUACAUGGUUGGACCCGCGUCUGGUCAAAAAAGCCAAGCCCCCUGAAAAGUGUGAGGAUGGAGAACUUCCAUAUGGUUGGGAGGAGAUUGAUGACCCGCAGUACGGCACAUACUACGUUGAUCACAUAAACCAGAGAACCCAGUUCGAAAAUCCAGUACUAGAGGCCAAGAGGAAACUCGGUUUGGACACCGCAGUCGCAACUCAGACCCAACAGAGGGCAGCACCUCCUCCAGGUGGAGCGGCUGGUACGCCCGGAUUCACACGGGACCCGACCCAGCUGAAGGGGGAGCUGUAUCACACGGCUCUCAGGAAGAGCCAGCAGGGGUUUGGUUUCACCAUCAUUGGUGGAGACCGACCUGAUGAGUUCCUGCAGGUGAAGAACGUUCUUGCUGAUGGCCCGGCCGCACAAGACAACAAGAUGGCCUCUGGUGAUGUUAUUGUGGAAAUCAACGGCACACUUGUCUUAGGCAAGACCCACGCAGAUGUGGUCCACAUGUUCCAGUGCAUCCCAAUUAAUCAGUAUGUGGACAUGGUCCUCUGUCGCGGAUACUCGCUCCCCCCUGACGUGGACGCCGACAGCGAGGACCUUCCCCCUCCACCUCCACCCCCGACAGGAGAGAUCGUAACCGCCGUACCCCUCAUCAACGGCCAGCCACUGCUGGUCAAAGGUGACGCCCUUCACGGCUCCUCCCAAGAGCUUCACUACGUAACCACAGAUGCCAGUGGGCGGCCGGUGAUCGCUGCACUUCCAGGAGGCAGCAGCGGUGCCAACGACAGGCCCGAGACUGGGAUGCUACAGCCGGAGCUGGUGAGCGUGCCAAUCGUGAAGGGACCUGGAGGAUUUGGCUUUGCCAUUGCAGACUGUCCGCUGGGGCAGAAGGUGAAAAUGAUCCUGGAUGAGCAGUGGUGCCGAGGCCUGCUGAAAGGAGAUGUGAUAAAGGAGAUUAACAGGCAGAAUGUGCAAACACUGAGACACGCGCAGGUGGUGGAUAUACUGAAAGACCUCCCUGUGCACAGCGAGGUGAAUCUGUUGGUGUUGAGAGGAGGUCAGACAUCGCCUGUGAAGAGUUUAAGACCUAGACCGGGGUUAAGUGCCAGCACUGAGACUCUGGACCGUUGCCAUGACACCAUGGUUCCCCAGGCUUUGACCUAUCACUCAAACACACUGCCAUGUAGCUCUCCAAAACAAGACGCUUCCCUCCACUACAGAAAACCCAAAGCCUUGCAGGACAGCAUAGUGAUUCCUCAUAAGAUUGGUCGAAUAAUCGAGGACAGUCCGACUGACCGCUGCGGAUUGCUGAAUGUGGGUGACCGCAUAUCCUCUGUGAACAGCCAGUCCAUUGUGGCGCUCUCCCACAAUGAUAUUGUUCAGCUUAUCAAAGACGCAGGGAACUCUGUCACACUCACCGUGGUUCCUGAGGAUGAAUACAAAGGCCCGCCAUCAGGAGCCAGUUCAGCCAAACAAAGUCCCGCACCGCAGCACAAGAUUCUCAAAUCCACUCAGGAUGAGAGAUAUAAUUUGGAUAUGGAUGAGAUCAGGGAUGAGCUCGCACGGAUGGAGUAUAAAGCUCUUCCCAUGAGUGAACAGGGAACGCUGUGUGUCGCCAACUCCAAACAGGGCUGUAUUGCAGUAGAGUUGGAGCGCAGACCUCGUGGUUUUGGCUUCAGUCUGAGAGGAGGAACGGAGUAUAACAUGGGCCUCUACAUCCUGCGGCUGGCUGAGGAUGGCCCCGCUCUACAGGAUGGCAGGAUACAUGUAGGAGAUCAGGUAGUGGAGAUCAAUGGAGAACAGACGCAAGACAUCAGUCACACUAGAGCCAUUGAGCUGAUCCAAGCUGGAGGAAACAAAGUGCUACUGUUACUGCGACCGCAAGCCCUCUUAUCAGAGAACAGUUGUGUAAGCUCCUCUGCGGUGUGUUAUUGCCCCCAGGAGUAUCAUCACUAACAGCCUCUUUUCCUCUAGGUCUUUUAUUC